AUGGAGCACAAACGCAACUCACCGACCAUUCGACUACCGGCACCGAAACCGGCUCGCCUCUGGUCCACGACCAUUCGGGAAGACGGUUGGCACGCAAGUAGCGUCGGGCGCGUGAGCGCGAAGGGUCGUCUACUCAACCUGGACGUCGUUUCGCUCAUCAUGCGCUUUCUCCUUCCGACUGCCGAAGAGGCUCCGGUACACGACUUCAAGAAAAGGCGCUACGUGGUGCCAGCGUACAUAGGAUGGUUAACACAGGCGAUGUGCGUCUCGCGCGCGUGGUACAGCACAGCUCUUCACACCUGUGAACUGUGGGGGAUCUUGCUCGCGUCCGCGAGGCAGCUACCGGCAUGGUCGACGAUUCUGGGGCGUGCACAUGCCGCGCCCCUUAGACUAUAUUACUGGAAAACGUUGCAUUGGCCCGACCUCGAUGCGCUCUUGGAUCGGGCAUCCGCUGUCUACGCCGGUCUAUCUGGCCGCACGCGCAAUUGGACUCUGUACCUCCAAGGGCGCCGUAUGCCGCACUUGGAGGUCCUCUCUCUAGAGGCCAACUAUAACCUCUCCCCUGAUCGACCUUUGCCCUCGUGCACCUCCCCACUCGAAGCCCCGCGCAUCCGACACAUCACGCUUUAUACCCCACUCGUUGUCAAGGCUGGCAACGUCGAAAGCGCCUCGUUGGCCAACUUCACUGUUGCGCAGAUGGUGGACUUUCUAUCUGAGCUUUCCACUCUCCGCCAUGUCGAGUUGAGCCGACCGUGCUUCGUGGGCGGGAUUGAUUGGACGCGUACGUUCACGCAGGCAGGCUCGCGCGCAAUAACUUCACCACGACUCGGUUAUGACGGUCAUUGGGAGCGGCUGAGGGUCUUGACGAUUCAUUGCCGGCGCGGAGAAAGCUACCCGUUAACUUCUGACGCGGUCUCCGUCUCCACGCCGCAAGUCGUCUCUCUAGACCUCACAGGCCCUCUUCUUCUCGCUGCUCCUCGUGCCCGCGACCUACGCAUACAAGACAUCUACCUUCGCGACCUUCUUCGUAUGCUACACGGCAUGCCAGCUCUUAAAGAGCUCAACGUCGUGUCGUUGCGGGGUCGUACCGUCUGGGACUUCACCGACAGCUUGCCCUCGAACCCCGUGCCACUAUCCAAACUUCACAAACUCACGCUGAAGGUCGGCGCUCAUUGUGGAUCUUUGGAGUUGCUGGCUUCCAUUCGAGCUGAAAAGCUCGCGGAAAUCUCCUUCGCAUGCGAUGCAUCCGCCCCUCCAAACCGUUGGGCUUUGCAGCGCGUAGCAGAAGUACUCAACGACGCUCUGCCUGGCGACUUUGCGUCUCUACGUAGAGCCAUGGAAGAUGCGCGCACGGGUUUGUGGUCGGCGGGGUACCCUGGCAUAACUACAGCCCUCAACACGGAAAUUGAAGCAGCGUAUUGGUGGAACGGAAGUUCGUAUUUACCAGCGCCCAACGCACUCGACGUCUACAGAUCCGCCGCUGAAUUAGUGAGGGACAUGGCGUUAGCCACACACGAACAAGACCCGCCAUUGCACGUCGGCCAUCGAGUUCGUGACAUCGUACUGUAUGCGCUUCGUGCAAUGACUCUUGAUCUGAAGGCGGUAGCCUUCUCGCGUCUCGAGAUCAUCACGUGCUAUAGGUCGAUUCAAUUUGACGUCGAAGUCACUGGCGGCAAGUCUGAAGACGAGACAGUGCGCAAAGUUCGCUGCGUCAUGGUCGGCCCAAGUUUUACUUCUCCUAAUGCCGCCGAACCACCACAACUCCCUCCGUUGGACUCCGUCGCCUACGGUACCGCACGAAUUCUUCACGGCUUAGCCGUUUUGCCUAUUCGCGAGAUUCUCGUGAAGAACUAUGGUCGCGGACCUUUUGAGACCUUGAAGCACUCGAAUGUGGAUCUCGUGGAGCUCUCGCAUACACUGGCGCGGUAUUCGUCUGUCACGACCCUCGGGAUCGAGAUUGGUGGUUCUUCGGUACACGCUGGGUUGCUCCGCGCCAUCUCCAACCCCCAGGCAUUGCCAUCGCUCUCUCACCUGUCCGUGGUUCACCCGACGUCGGUUGGGAUGGUGUCUGACCAGCACCCUGAUCCGUACCACGAAUGGUGGGAUGAACUUGAGGUUGCGUUGCGACGCCGCUGGGAGGCUGGCCGCUCUCUUUCGCUUUCGGUAGCAGGUCGCUUCUGUCUAGAACGCGAUUGGAGCAGGCGCUGCGCGUCUGUUGUUCAUGAUAUAACCGUAGACGUUUUUUGUGAGCAUCGUGUCGGUGUGUGUUGUACACGUAGCGACUAA